AGGGGAGGGCCAGGACCGGUUUAGAUAAUCGUCACCGGUGUGGUGACCCGUGAGCGGGAAUCGAACUCGACCCGCCAGCAUCGUAGUGCAAGCGCUGCGCUAACCGCCACACCACCGCUCCACACUCCCGCGCGCGCGCGCGCACGUGUUCACACAGUUGUGAUGCGUGUCGCGUUCCGCCUCCCAUUGGGCACACACACAGAGAGAGAGAGGCGAGGAAGGGGACCUCCCUCCUUCCUCCUCCCCUCGCCGCGAUCUCAUUCGGCAGCCCUGGCAAGCAGCAGGUGAUGCAGCAGCAGCUUCCCUUGCCUGCCGGUGCCCGCCAGUGUUGACCGGUCGCUGGACCUGCUGCUGCUAGGUCAAUAAUAGCCCGGGUAUCGGGCGAUAGAAGAAAGCAUUGGUGUGGGCUGGUCGCAGUGCAAGUGGGAAAAUGCUGAUUUGUUAUUCGACGUUAGCGUAAAUUCUUUUGCCCUAGGUUUUUUUUUUGGGGAGGGGGGGGUGAGGGAAAGGUAGGAUUGAUCAGAUCUCUUAUUUUGUUAGCCAGCGUUUAUUUUGUUUAUUAUCGUCGCCGUCAAUAUUUUAGUUGUUGUGUUGGAGCUAUGCCAAGUUGUUUGUGUCUUAGCUUGAGAGGCAGCCGCAGCUGAAAUCGCGAUGUAAGAUCGCAAGGACACGGGCGUUUACCACCAACAGCAUCGUGUUAAUUUAUUAUCAUUGCCAAUUAUACAUGGUGCGUUAAGUUUAACGGAUAGAAGAAGAUGGUCUUCCUUCCUAUCAAGAAGAUACGCAAAAAGGCCAAGACGUUGGCUGCGAUCGCCGUGCUGACGCUGGGAGUGUUGGCCACUUACCUCGGCACUCGCGCGGGGUCCCGCCCGCACACAGCGCCCCCAAAUGCACUGUACGUCGACUGGUAUGCAAUUUGGAAUUGGCGAACAUCCCAAUGCACGAGGACUGCUCUGAAAACGAGGGGACCCGGUCCCGACGGACGAGGCGGGCGGCCGGAGGGCGACGUGAAGAACACCGGCGCCCGGUGGGGGGGGGGCCGGGGCCGGCGAUGCCGAGGACCCCCCCAUCUACGGGGAGGUUCGCGGGGAGCUGUCCAAGGGGGGCCCAGAGGAGGCUUGGAUGAGGGGGGUGGCCGCGCCCGAGGAGUGGGACUACGAGGAGGAUGCGUGGAGACAGAUACACGGCGUUCCACCGGAUGAGGGGGUCAAUGAGGACGAUGAGGGGGGCCCUGGGGAGCCUCCGGGCGUUGGUGGGGGGCCCGGUCGGGGACUGGGUGGCGCUCCGCCCCCCCAAACCUCGUGGGAGCCCCAGUUCAAAGGUCGUGCCAACCUGCACGUUUUCGAAGAUUGGUGUGGCUCGUCCGUGGGACAGCUUAGGAAGAACAUCCACUUCCCCAUUUUCCCGCACAGUCGAACGUUUGUUAGCAAGCUCGCUCUGACACCAAAGUGGAAGAACUACGGCCUCAGAAUAUUUGGCUACCUGCACCCGUCCACCGAGGGUGAGUUUAUUUUCACGAUCGCAUCCGACGACAACUCCGAGUUUUGGCUCAGCCCCGAUGAAAAGCCUGCCAACUUGGCGCUGAUGGCGUACGUGGGCAAGUCAGGCAAAGAGUGGACGGCCCCGGGAGAGUACACCAAGUUCAGGACCCAAGCAUCGAGCCCCGUCAGGCUCUCCGCCUCCUCGCGCUACUACUUCGAGGUGCUGCACAAGCAGAACGACCGCGGCACCGACCACGUGGAGGUGGCGUGGCGACUCAACGUCCCCAGCUCCACGUUCGCCAUCAUCGACGCGAGACACCUUUCCCUGUACACCGACGACUCGUCGUUCAAGAUGAACGAAGUGGAGUACAUCCCGCAGUCCCCCGCCAGCCACGUGGGCGGUCUGGAGAAGGCGUCGCUGCCGAGCCACUCUGCCGAGAUGCUGCACCCCGACGCUCGUGACUCCCUCUACCUCACUCCACUGGUGGAGGCGACGGUGCUGAAGGGGAUCCUGCCGGACUGCGAGUACCGCCCGUCGUACCUCCUGCACGGCUACGACCUCGACCGCUACCAAGGCCUGCAGUUUGUAUACCUCUCCUACAUUUACCCCAACGACUACACCCGGCUGACCCACAUGGAGACAGAAAACAAGUGCUUCUACCGGGAGAACGCCUAUUACCUCGAGAGGUUUGGCUUCUACCGAUACAUGAAGAUGGACGCGCCAGAGCAGCGGCCGGGGCUCGCAGCUCAGCAGCCGCAGAGAAGGGACGGAGAAAACAACGGCAGCCUCUGGGAGGACCGGGGCUCGGACGCGCUGGACCCCAGGGACCAGUUCUACGAUGACGACGGCGGCGGUGGCAUUGGCGGUGGCGUUGGCAUUGGCGGUGGCAUUCACCCCGACGGUCUGCCCGACCGCGCCGCGAACGAAAACAACGAGGAGGAGGUGGACGAGGAGGAGUACGACGACGAGGAAGAGCAGGAGGAGGAGCCGCAGCAGCCGGAGCUGGCCCCGCCGGACCGCGUGCGCCGCCAUGCGCCUCAGCACGGCGCGGUCGACGUGGAGAACGACGAGCGCGAGCCGGAUCGACAGCACCGGCGAGAACGCGGGCGAGAGAACCGGCGAGAACGCGGGCGAGAGACCGGAAGGGAACGCGAGCCCACCGCGGGCCGGCCAGGCGCGGGGGGCGAUCAACACCAGGCGGAGCAGCAGCACGCGCUCCCCCCUCGCAACCGCGCCUUCCCCGUGCAGUGGUUUGUCGCCAAUCACGAUGCCGGCGCCGUGCUGGGGGAGCCGGCCGCCGGGCCCCGUGCCGGCGUCACGGGCGGCAGACGCAGGAAGCACAAGAGGAGGAGGAGGCCCGAGCAGCCGGAAGUCCGGGAGGCGGGCCGCCGGGCGGAAGCGGCGGGGGCGGCGGUGGCGUGGCCGGCCGCGGACGAGGGGCGCGCCGGGCCGCGGCACAGGGACUACGGCGACGAUUUUGACGACUACGCGUUCCAACGCCGGCGGAAGCUGUUCGGGCUGGACGGCAACCCGAGCCCCGCGGUGCCACGGGGAGCGGUGGAGAAUGGGGGGGGCGGCGAUGGGUUCGCUGCGCCCUCCGCUGCCGUGGUCGGAGAGUCGCGGCGUCGGUUCGGCGACGGCGGGGAUGACGACGACGCCGCAGCCGCCGCUCGGCCUCGCGGCAAAUCGCGAGAUUUGCGGGAAGCGUUUCGCGGCGCGGGGAAUGAAUCCGUCGAAGCCGCGGCCGCCCUUCUCGCCUACAAGGAGGCACACAACGCAAAGAGGAGGCGCAAGAACGUGAGGAACCAGAGGGACGCGAGGGAAGACGGUCACGGUUUGGCCGCCGCAGCCCAAGGAGGGGAUGGUGUGGUGGUGAAGGACGUUGCCGACGGCGAAGUGGCAAUCGGUGAUAAGAAGCGUCGGCCUUCAAAACGGCGCGGUCUCGCCCGGCAAGGAGGAGCGAACGACGUGGAUCAAAAGCAGAAGGUGGCGGUGGACCUCCCCCUCGUCAAUGCCGGGGGAGUCGGCAAGAACGCUUCCCGCGAAAUACCCACGGGGGCCCCCGUCCCCACCAAAAGCAACGUCGUGGCGGGGCGCAUCCGAGACGCGGAUGACGCCGCGGGGGCAGCAGCGGCGAAGGUCGGCGAGGCGCCGGAGAAGAACGGCACGCGACCGCCGCAGAGUGCCAACGCCACCGACGGCGCCGUCAAACCCGCCGCCUCCCAGGCCCCCGCACCGUCGAGAUCCACCACGCCCCCCACGCGCGCUGCCGACGAGGAGCCACGUAGGAACGAGGCCAGCUCGCGGACGAAGGCCAAACGGAAGCGGGAUCGCAACGGCGACCGCAGGUCGGAGGUCAUCUUCGCGAACCACGCGGGCCGCGGCCAGGAACGUGGGCGCGGUCCGGGUGACAAGGCGGCAGCCGCACCGGGAAACAACAACAACGACGACAACGACAACAACCGCGGCUCGCGGGUCGAGAAAAACGGGUACGAAGCCUCCCCAGGCAAUCGUGGGGUCCAGCGCGGGACGACCGAGUCGCAGAGGGGCUACCCCCGUGGCGACCGGGGCCGGGGCGGCGUCGAGCCGCUCGUAGCGGCCGGGGACGACGGAGACGCCGCCGCCGGCAGGAACGAGGGGCCGUGGAACUCGCUGUCGUCCUUUGACCCGAACGACGACGGCGACGACGCGCGGGUCGGCGCCGGAGCGGUCGAGGACAACGGCGGGAGGGCCGACGACCUAGGCCGCGGGAUCAGGGACGGGCGCAGGCGCCGGGGGCGCGCAGGAGGGCGCGGGGGCCGCGGCGGGGGGCGCGGAAAGUGGAGCUGGGCCGUGGAGGAGGAAGAGGAGGCGGACUGGAAGCGCACCUUCAGCAUCGGCGAGACCGACUUCCAGUUCCUGCGCUCUGACUGGAUCGACCUGCGCUGCAACGUGUCGGGCAACCUGCGGCUGAGAGAGGAGGAGGCCCAGGCUGUGGCGAACGUCAUGAUGGAGAACCUGGGCCGGGUGCAUCCCGACCUGUACGAGCUGCGCCGCGUGGUCAACGCAGAGAAGCGCCGCGACCGCGUCAAGGGCAACCGCUACCUCCUGGAGCUGGAGCUGCUGCACCGUCCGUCGGGGCGGCUGGCGCGCCUCUCCCAAUACGUCUUCGCCCCGCUGCCGGCGCGCACCUCGGGCCAGGUCGCCGACGGCGGCGGCGGCGGUGCCGGCGCCGGCGCCGCCAACGCGCCGGCGCUCUCGCUGUGCCUGCCGCGGGGCUUCGCGUGGAAGCCGGAUGUGAUGGUCUACUUCGUCGUGCCCGUGAAGAACCAGGGCCGCUGGGUGCAGCAGUUCAUCUGGGACAUGGAGGCGCUGCACCGCGCCACGGGCGACCAGCGCUUCGGCGUCGUCAUCGCCGACUACUCCAGCGAGGACAUGGACGUGGAGAAAGCCCUGCUGCGCAGCUCCCUCCCCCGGUAUCACUACGUGAAGCUGCAAGGGAACUUUGAGCGAUCGGCCGGCCUGCAAGCCGGAGUCGACGUCAUCAAGGACCCGCACAGCAUCACCUUCCUGUGCGACCUCCACCUGAGCUUCCCGCACGACAUCGUGGACAACAUCCGCAAGCACUGCGUUGAGGGCCACAUGGCGUACGCGCCCAUCGUCAUGCGCCUGGCGUGCGGGAAGUCUGCCCGCGAGCCCGACGGCUACUGGGAAGUCAACGGCUUUGGGCUCUUUGGGAUCUACAAGUCGGACUUCGAUGGAAUCGGGGGGAUGAACACGCAGGAAUUCCGCGACCACUGGGGCGGCGAGGAUUGGGAGCUGCUGGACAGGGUACUCCAGGCCGGUCUGGAGGUGGAGCGCCUGCACCUGAGGAACUUCUACCACUACUUCCACUCGCGGCACGGCAUGUGGAACCAGAUGAAGGGCGCGCAGGAUCGGGAGUGAUGACCCGGUGUGACCCGGUGACGACCCGAAGUGACCUACAGUGACCCGGCAUGACCCGCCGACUCCGAGCCCAACCCCUUUGCUCCGUUUCCACGACUCAGCAUGUCACUUUUCUCCAUCGUUUAGGAGCCUGCGGUUGGGAGUUUUAUUUUGUUGCUUUUGGUGUUUCGUUAUUUUCAAUAUCGUCCGCAGUUGGGUCGUGGGUGGGGACCCCGGGAAGGGUGGCGUGGGGCAGAGAGGAGACGUCCUGGAAGACCUGAAAAAAAAACACGCACGCAAGGGACAAAAGGAGAAAUGUUUUAGAUCCUAUGUGUGGGCAUUUCAAGGAAUGCCAGCAAGCGGAGAGGGCUGACUUGUACGAAGUAUAUAUUGUGGACGAUUAUUGCAAAAGGUAUGAAGAUGGAUGGGGGCGGCUCUUCGUCAACCGUAGAGCGACAUUCGAGCAUCGUUUGCGGUUUGUUGCCAUCACGUGCCGUAAAAUAAUGGGCGUGCGCCGAGCAAAGGGUAAACACUCCUUACUUUUACUACCUUCGCUGCAGCGAUAACCUGGAACGGAUUGAUGAACGACGGCACUGCGCAGCACAGCACCAAAGGCAGUGCCGAGGAGACAUCGUCAGCCGCGCGUACCUGAUCGGAAUCAAAGAUAUCUCGCCCGGAUAGUUCUGGGUGAGCAUUUUAAGAGCGAAAGAAGUGAACUGAAACGUGGAAGGCGAGGGCCGCCGAGCUCGUGAGUGUGGCACCCUGGCUCUUGGCACGUCCACUUUGUUGACAUUUAUUCAAACAUUUUUUUUUAACGUUAUCGUUUUGUUUUCCUUUAACCUAUUGCCGUUUGGGGUGUCGUUCGGACGUGUCCGUUUACCCAUGCUUUCUUGUGGGUCACAUUGGCAUGGUUUAAUUUGUCUGCAAGCUCUUCCCCGGUUUUACUUCACUGUGGAUUUGCAUUCGCCAUUCGUUCCCCGGUUGUGCGUUUUUGUUCUCGCGUGAAGGGUUAUCAGCGGAGGCCCUGUCCUCCGCUUUGGGGCGACUCACGACGAGCCGUCCGUCCGGUGUAGCUCUAUCAAGGCCGCCCAUCGACGGCCAGCAGAGACGUGUGCUCUAUCAAGGCCGCCCAUCGACGGCCAGCAGAGACGUGUGCCCCCGUCGUGUGUGAAUGUGAAUUUUGUGACGCUAAGGAUUCCCCCCCCCCCCCCAAACAGUCUGAAGUAGAGAGAAAUUAGAAAAAUUUGAUGAAUUACUGAAUUGGGAAAAAUUACGAAGCAAAAUCCGCCCUUACCUAGUGGCAGACCGAUGUCCGCUUGCGACGUUCACUUUGGCCGCACGAGGACAGCAGCCACAGGGGGAGUCCCCUUGGCCAAAAUGCGGCAGAGCAUCUCGAAAUGCGCUGCAUGGGAGGAAACGGUAUGAAUAUUAAGUUGUUAUGACGAUGAUGAAGAAGAACCCAGAGAAACAAGAGGUCAGGGGACAUGACGAGUUCAAAGGGCACGGCUUAAUAUGGGGCCGCUUGCGGUGAUGCCAACGCUUGGCCAGCCAGUGUUCGGUGGAGUCCCCGACCCGCGUUUCGCUUUGUCGUCCGUGACUAUCGCACAGUGCUCGUAAUGAUUGGCGCACGGCAACUUGAACACUGAGCACACACAGGCACACACAUGGCGAGAGCAGUCCUUCGAGGUCGUGUGUAGGGAAUGCAGGGUGCGAGACGUGGGCGGUUAUCGGCCAAGCGGGUAGGUGACGAGCUUGGAGUUGUUAUAUGUUGAUGGUGCGCAUGCGAUGUUAACUACCUCGCCUGGUUUGCAGGAGGUCGUGGGUUCGAUCCUGACCCUGAUGCCUGUAUAUUUGGAGUUUGCGUGUCUAAUCUCCCAGUGGUCACGUACAUUUUUCUCCCGGUUUUU